GGUUGGCUCUGGCUCUGGCCCGCGUCCGGGAGAACGGAGGCAGCAUUGUUCAGAGUGGCAGCAUGGCUUCGUCUCACGGGAGAAGCGACCAGCGGUUCGCAGACUGGAUGGCAAGUUUACCGCAGAGCAUGCACACAAUCCCGCUCACCAACCUGUCCAUUCCCGGUUCCCAUGAUUCCUUCAGUUUCUACAUCGACGAGGCGUCUCCAGUUGGCCCAGAGCAGCCUGAGACGGUGCAGAACUUUGUGUCUGUUUUUGGCACGGUGGCCAAGAAGCUGAUGAGGAAGUGGUUAGCCACGCAGACGAUGAACUUCAACAGCCAACUGGAGGCUGGGAUCCGCUUCUUUGACCUGCGCAUCUCAACCAAGCCCCGCGACCCCGACAACGAGCUGUUCUUCGCCCACGGGCUCUUCAGUGCCACAGUCAGAGAAGGUCUUGAGCAGAUCAGUAGUUUCCUGUCGGCUCACGCCCGAGAGGUCGUGUUCCUGGACUUCAACCACUUCUAUGGCAUGCAGAACCUGCACCAUGAAAAACUGGUGGCCAUGCUGAGAGAGGUGUUCGGAGACAAACUCUGCCCAGUUGUCUUUGCUCAGGAGGUGACUCUGCAGUACCUGUGGGAGAAGGAGUUUCAGGUACUGGUCUUCUAUCACCAUCCCAUGGCCCUGGAGGUGCCCUUCCUGUGGCCCGGUCAGAUGAUGCCAUCUCCCUGGGCCAACACCACGGACCCAGAGAAGCUGAUUCAGUUUCUCCAGGCUUCUGUCACUGAUCGCAGGAGGAAGGGAACGUUCUUUGUCUCCCAGGUGGUUCUGACACCGAAGGCCAGCACUGUGAUGAAAGGCGUGGCCAGUGGACUGAGGGAGACAAUCACAGAAAGGGCUUUACCCGCCAUGAUGCAGUGGAUAAGAUCGCAGCGGCCCGGGGAGAACGGCAUCAACAUCAUCACCGCUGACUUUGUGGAGCUCGGAGAAUUCAUCAGCGCCGUCAUCACCCUCAACUAUCACCUGGAUGAAGAUGACGAUGAUGCCACCUGAGAGCCUGUAGGGGGUGUCAGAGAGCACAGUCGCCACCGCCACUGCUGCCAGUGUCUGGGUCUGUGUUCUCUUUUCUCUUUGGCAUUUAUUCGAGGAGGGGGCUUCACUGCUCCUUUCACUUUAUUUAGGGCUACGGUGAAUUGUGAGAUCGAAUGGGAGAGGGAGCAGGACAAGUCAGAAUGAAUAGAAACAGCACUAGUGUUUGGUUUGCGCACAAAGAGAACGAGGUUCCGCUUGGUUCCUGUUUUGGGGCUCCAUAUUUUUUCAAGUGAGACAUUGAUUUCCUGUGCUUUAAAAAAGAUAUUUGCUUUCCCCACUGUUCAAAUGCACUUUUUCAAGGUUUCAUCAAGAGAGCAUUUCAUCCCUCUGGUCAAUGUAUUGGUACAUCAUUCUUAAUAUUCCAGUGACAAUUCUAGUGACAGUUUUUUUUUUUU